AUGUCUUCGUCGUCUACAAGCAAUAAGAGAAAGAUUAAGCUAAGGAGCUCAGAUGGGAAGACUUUUGAAGUGGAAGAAGCAGCAGCAAUGCAAUCAGAGACCAUAAAAUCCAUGAUAGAAGUUGUUUCAGUUUCAGAGGUAAAUGGUAAGACAUUGUCAUUAGUCAUUGAUUACUUCAACAAGUGCCUUGAUAACCAGAGUGCUGUAGAAAACAAUGAUGAUCCUCUCAUAGAAUGGGCACUUCAUCUCUUCCGAGCUGAUCAGGCUGCUUUCUUUGAUCUUAUUCUGUGUUAUCUAAUUCUAACUAGUUCAUCGAAACAUUUAUCAGGCCGCUCAUUAUCUGAAAAUCAAAAGCUUGGAGGAUUUGACAAACAAGGUGGUGGCAGAUAUAUGUUCAUGUAUCCUGCACUAGUGUUUACUGUUAGGACAGUUUCUCCAUGUCAAACUUUGUCACAUCACUUGACAUGA